AUGGCCUCUACCCAAGUUUCUUAUCUCCAAAAGGCGGACGUCAUGCUCAAUGACAAGAAUUAUAAAGCAUGGUCGUCCACUUUACGUGUGCUCCUUCGCGGACUUAAUCUUUGGGGUCAUGUUGAUGGUACCCGUCCGCCUCCAUGUUCUUCUAGUGCCGUUUCUUCUAGCUCCUCUUCGUCUACAGUUACCAGCGCGUCCUCUUCCACGUAUGCUGACUUGCUCAAGUGGACUAAGGAUGAUGCUCGUACCAUCGCUAUCAUCUGUCAGUCCUGUGAGCUUCAUAUUCGUUUGGCUACUCUCACUUUUACCUAUCGGCGUGAGACCUCUGUCUCGGAUUUCUUUGCCGUGCUCAGUGAUUUAUGGCGUCAGUGUGAUGAGAUGACCCCCUCUCCUUCUCCGACCUGUGCCCAGUGUCUUGCCAUUGCUCAAUAUCGUGAUUAUCUUCACAUUUAUGAGUUUCUCAUGCGUCUUCGCCCUGAGUUCGAGGCCGUUCGGGCUCAGCUACUGCACUGGGUUACACCUCCGUCUGCUAGUGAUACUCUGGCAUAUGUACUUGAUGAGGAGAUUCUUCUUCGGUCCUUAAAUGUGGUUCCACCACCUGAUGCUCCUCACUAUGUUCUUGCUGCACCCCAGUAG